AUGGGGUCUGACACUUUCGAGCUUGCCGGAAGGCAAUUCCCCAGGGUGACCUGGUACAAAAACCCUGGAAUGAGGAGGACCUACAUCUGCCUCAUGUUUGUCGUUCUGACGUCUGCUACGAACGGUUACGACGGUUCUAUGAUGAACGGCCUGCAGACCCUAGAACCCUGGCAGGAGUAUUUUAAUUACCCCAAGGGCUCGCUCCUGGGGAUUCUCAGUGCGAUUAUGUCUCUGGGCUCUCUCGCAGCUCUCCCUGUUGUGCCCUAUGCCGCUGAUUAUCUGGGACGCCGUAUGGGCAUCUUGAUGGGUUGCUUGAUUAUGUAUGGUAUCCCCUUGCGACAGAUCCUUGGAGUCAUCCUCCAAAGUAUCAGUGCUAACUACGGCAUGUUCCUGGCUGCGCGAUUCUUGGUCGGAUUUGGUGUUGCUAUUGCGCAUGGAUCCUCGCCUUUGUUGGUCGCUGAGUUGGUGCAUACCCAGCACCGUGCUAUCUUCACCACGAUUUAUAACACAACCUGGUACCUUGGGGCUAUUAUUGCCGCCUGGCUCACAUUCGGUACCAAUAACAUCCCCAACAACUGGUCUUGGAGAGCCCCUACGAUUGUGCAGGCCGUACCCUCUGUCCUUCAGAUAUUUUUCAUCUGGUUUGUCCCAGAGUCGCCCCGUUUCCUCAUCUACAAGGGCCAGCAUGAGAAGGCCCUCAAGGUCUUGGCCGACUGCCACGCCAACGGGGACCAGGAGGACGAAGUUGUGCAGCUGGAAAUGAACGAGAUCAAGGAAACCAUCAAACUCGAGAAGGAGUUUGAGAGCAGCAGCUGGAUGGAGCUGGUGCGCACAAAGGGAAACCGGCACCGUAUGGUCAUUCUUAUUUCCGCGGGUCUAUUCUCUCAGUGGUCCGGCAACGGCCUCGUCUCUUACUACAUCUCCAAGAUCCUGGAUCGGAUUGGAUACACGGGCUCUGUGGAACAAAACUUAAUCAACGGCUGUCUCCAGAUCAUGAACUUCAUUGUGGCCAUCACAAUGUGCUUCUUCGUGGAUAAGAUUGGCCGGCGCAAGCUGUUCCUUGUCUCCACCGCUGGGAUGAUGGUUACAUUCAUUGUUUGGACGAUCUGCUCGGCGCGAUAUGCCAUUGUGGGCAACAAGGAGGCAGCAAAUGCCGUGGUGGCGAUGAUUUACGUCUAUUACCUAUUCUACAACAUUGCUUGGUCGGGUCUCUUGGUCGGAUACACCGUGGAGAUUCUUCCCUACAGUCUUCGCGCCAAGGGCAUGACGGUGGUGUGGCUCUGUGUUGAUAUAGCACUCUUCUUCAACCAGUACGUCAACCCGAUUGCCUUGGAUAACAUCGAUUGGAAAUACUACAUCUUCUACUGUGUCUGGCUUGGCUUUGAGCUCACGGUGGUGUGGUUUUUCUACAUUGAGACACGCAAUACUCCGCUGGAGGAAAUCGCCAAGUAUUUUGAUGGCGACUCUGCGGUUGUCGGGGGUGCUGCAGGGACUGAAAAGGCUCGCGAUUUGGCGUCUGCGAUGCACGUCGAGGAGACUACUUCAGAGGCAGCGGUUUCCAAAUCUUGA